GGCAGGGAGUAAUUUCGCCCCUGGCUGUAUCCAUUCUAGCAGUGUACUUGGAAGAGUAGACGAGUGUGGUUGUACGUUUUGUGUCUCUUCCUUUUUGAUACGUUUGACCUCAAGAUGAUUCCCAUUUUCAUCACGUGUCCGCCCAAUGAAGUCCUGGUGGUGUCUGGCCUCGGGUUCACGCAGCCAGCCAUGAUCACUGGAGGCCGCGUGCUCGUCGUGCCCGGCCUGAUGAGAUGGAGCAGACUGUCGCUGAACGUUCGUACCAUCACAGUCCACUCACCUGAUGUGUACACGGCCCGCGGUGUUGCCAUCAAGGUCACUGGAGUAGCUCAGGUCAAAAUCAACACCCAGCAUCCCAAGGUCCUGGCGAUGGCUUGCGAGCAUUUCCUGAAGAAGAAGCAGAGCGAGAUCGACACCCUCAUCACUUCGACGCUGGAGGGUCACCAACGCGGCAUUAUGGGCACGAUGAAUGUUGAGGACAUCUACAAAAAUCGAAAGCUGUUCAACGAGCGAGUGUUUAACGUGGCCUCCAAGGACCUCUACAAUCUCGGCCUCCACGUCAUCUCCUACACCAUCACGGACCUCAGUGACGACAUGGGUUACCUAAAAGCUCUGGGCAUGGGGAGGACAGCCGAGGUACAACGUGACGCUCGGAUCGGGGAGGCGGAGGCGAAGAAGGACGCAAUGAUAGAGAAAAGCAUUGCCUCGGAGCAGCUGAUGAAGGCGAAGCUUGCCAAUGACACGCUGGUGGCCGAAUUUAACAGGGACUUUCAGUUGAAGAAAGCCACUUAUGACCAGGAGGUUCGGGCUAAGCAAGCAGAAACCGACCUUGCGUUUGAACUUCAGACCUGCAAGACAAAACAGAAGAUCAAAGAAGAGGUGAUGGAGACGAAGGUGGUGGAGAGGAAGGCCAGGAUCUUAGUGGCGGAGCAGCAAAUUCAACUAACUGAGAAAAAGCUGGAGGCCGAGGUGAAGCAACCAUCGGAUGCGGAAAAAUUCAGGCUGGAGACCAUUGCCGGAGCCCAGAAACAAAGGCUGCUUCUGGAGGCUGAGGCGGCGGCGGAGGCGAAGCGGCUGAUGGGCGAGGCUAAGGCACUGGCCAUCACGGCUAAGGGUAAUGCAGAGGCCACCAAUAUGCACCGCAAGGCAGAGGCGUGGAAGGAGUUCAAGGAUGCGGCGAUGUUAAGUAUGUACCUGGAGACCCUGCCCAAGCUGGUGGGCGAGGUCGGCAGCGCCCUGGGCAAUGUCAAAAGCAUCAAGAUGGUGUCCUCAGGUGACUCUCCUAUCGGCGCACAGAAACUGACCCAGGAAAUCAUGGACAUCAGCAGCAACGUGCCCGCCAUGGUCAAGAAUCUCACGGGCGUCAACUUCAUGAAGGUGGGCAUGGUUGUGAUGUUAGGGGUCAUGUUUUGGGCAUCGUUGCUAGAUUAUCGUACUCAGAGCCGCGUGUUUACCGGUUUCUGGCCCAUAACUGUUGCCAAGAAGCACCAAUAAUUAACCAUUUAAACGAUAACCAUAUAUGGAGGCAUUUAUUUGGAUGAUGAAAGCAGUUUUUGGGUCGGAAAUCGGCAAACAUAAAAAGCAGAGUACGACAACUUGGCAACGUUGGUUUUGGGGCUCUCCACGCGGCCCAUCGUUGCCAGAUUGUGGUACUCAGCCUAUUAUAUUCACCGACUUUCGACCCCAAAUCUAUCUCCUGGUCCCUAAUAACGAGAUUCACUUAUAUUUAUCGUUAAAAUAGUUAAUUCCUGAUGUCUCUUGGCAAUAGUUAGACGUCAGGUAAAUACUAUGCUCUGAGUACGAUAAUCUGGCAACAGUGUGAACCAACCGCUGAGUCCAGGCAACACAAGUUUCUCACAUGUUUUGUUUCUCCCUUUCAGAACCUCCGUGUAGCAUGAAUGAAGAACAACACAAAGCUAUUUUGAUACGGAUCCUAAGGGAAGGCACACACUACUUAUAAUGGUAAAAUCAUCUCUUAAGUGCCACCACAGCUGCAUAUUCAAGCCUUAGUUGCAUCAUAAAUAGUAUUGACUCCCUAAACAUUUUAUUAUAAAUACACUUAAAUAUUACGUGCAUGUUAAUAAGUAAUCUGUAUUUUGCUCCUGUAAGCAUGCUUGUAUGCCUUUCUGGUGACACCAUGGUCUGACCACGCGAUGGACUAGGCGAUCGCCAGCCAGUAGCCCCACCCUCCCCGACUAGGCUUGAAGCUCAGUUCGAAGCGAUGGAUCGGGUAUGGCUGAAACCACACACACACACACGAGAGGCAGCACACAACCCCCAACUGACAACUGGUGUGGUGUCAUCUGAAGUCCAUGUAUCCAAAGGCAUCCCAGAUGACACUACACCGGUACCCAUUCACUGCUGGGUGUAGAGCGGGGACAUUAAAGAGAACUGCCCAUCCGUCCCCACUCCCCCCACCGGGAAUCGAUCCUGAGACCUCUCGGUUGUGAUGCGAGUGCGCUAGUCACUGCGCUACAACACUGUCCCUGCAGAGCUCCGUGUGUGUGUGUGUGAGUGUGUGUGUGUGUGGUAUAGGAAGCAAAGGACAAGGGGGGUCCAAACUAGAGAUCCUGUAACAGGCUGUUGGUCCAGUUUUUUUUUUUUUUUUUUUUUUUUUCGUCUACGCCUAUUGCGCCGGUAGGCUUGCUUGAGGGCUGGAUGGUAGUCGACCCCAGCCCGUCAUGGCGCAGGCAAGUGUUUAUAGUGGCGCCAUCUUCUUUCAAAGGUCAGAAGGUCGUGACCACCACAGCCCUCCCCUUGCGUAUGCCGCUGCAGAACACUGUCAUCGUAAUGAAUACAAACAGUCGAGACCUUUGUCCAACUUGAUUUUUGAACGAAAACAAGCCAUGUUAUAUGUAGCUCUCAUUCUUACAUUAUAAAAUUUAACCCGUCUGCUGCGAUUGGCACGGAUUUGGCCUUCACUGGUAGCCUGGUAACAUAUACGCCAAUGUCUUUCUCUGCCUCUGCGGUGGAUAGUGGAGCCAAUCAUGUGGUACUGGUGUGCUGGAUAUCCCCUCCCAAGCUGCAUGACUUUAUAUUUUUCUUCACUGAAUUGUAGCAGCCACUUUUUGUUUCAUUCCUGUAGCUUGGUGAUGUCUUCUUGUAGGAAAUCCGCAGUCAAGGAGUUAAAGCCUCAUAUUUUCAGCAAGAUGAUGGCGCCCAGAAGGUAUAUUGACCAAGAGUAAGGCAACCACAUCCCCCCGUUGCUCCCUACUUUAUAUGCCACUGUAAAUAUAAAUGAAUAGAUAGACAAAUAUACGUACAUAUAAGUUGUCUUUAGAUUAUUUCACGUAGCCGUAGCUGAUUCAUGGUAUGUUGAGUGCACAUUAGUUGUAUGCACGAUUAGAGUAUAUAAAACUUCCCAUUUCUCA